GAAGAGUAUGACGAGUAACUAGUGUUAUUUGAGUUGCAACAUAACAGCUGGUAGAAUAAAAUUAUGAUAGCAUUUGUUACAGAGUUUACGUCAGUUUGUAAGUAGAAAUAAAUCGUUAUUGCUUGCACUUACACUGUUACAUGAGUUAAAUUUAGUAAUGCUAACAAGUUAUUUUUCAUGAUAAAUAGUGACAUAAUUUAUAAUAAUUAAUAUAACUAAUUCAACUGUUCCGUAAAUUUCAAUUUUAAUAAAACUUGACUCUAACUCCAACUUCCAAGCUCAAUAGACUGCGAGUGUAUGUUUGACUUUUGAAAAGAAGGCCAGAGUGAUGCAGUCUCAGACUUAUUUUGUUCAAGAUGACGUUGUUACAGGUGACGACUUGGAUUAUCAAGUGGAAGGCAGUAACAGUCGUUUUGUGAAGUGUAACACCUUUCAUAGGAAAAAUUUUACUUUUACUUUGUAUGGUGGAUACGAGGGUGUUCCAGAAAAUUUGCUGAUUAAUGUUUGUGGUUGGUUGCUUCUGUUAAUUCUAUUCACAAUAUUAAGAAAACGAGCUUGGAAUUAUGGGAGGAUUGCUUUGGUUCAAAAAUCUGAACAGAGAGAUGAGCACAUUUUAAAGAAGAAUGGUCAUGAUGCCGUACAGUACUUAUCUUUUCAGCGACAUAUAAUUCUGUACAUGUUCAUUAUUUGUGUUGUUUCUCUGGUCAUUGUCUUACCAGUCAAUUUUCAAGGAAAUCUUGAGGGAGAUUCCAAAACCUUUGGUCACACUACUCUCUCCAAUCUCAAUCCACACUCCCCACUGUUAUGGGUGCAUGUUGGACUAGCAUUUGUGUUUUUACCCCUGGGAAUAUUUUUCAUGAGACAGUUUUCACUGAACUUGAGCAUUGUAGAAGAUGAAAGUUUGAUUGGUCGGUCACUGAUGAUAACUGCGAUCCCAAAAGAGCAUUGUUCAAGAAAUAUAUUGCUGCAGCAUUUUCAGGAGGCAUAUUCUGAAUUCAUUAUACAAGAUAUCCAUAUUGCCUAUGAUGUUAGGAAAUUAAUUAAAUUAGACAGACAAAGGGAGACAGCUAUGCAGGCAAAGUUGUGGUGUGAAACAGUUUACAAAGAAACAGGACUGAGACCAAGAAUGAGACCCUAUACUUGUGGACGAAUAUGUGUAUGUGGAGAUGCCUGUGGCUGUCCACAAAUUGAUGGAUUGGAGUACUACACUGAAGAAGAACAUGCACUGAUAUCAGCUGUUGAUAGAGAAAAAUCAAUUGUUCUACAAAAACCACUAGGGAUAGCAUUUGUUACCUUCCAGACAGAUACAAUGGCUGAAAUUGUGUACAAAGACCACCAGGAACAGUGUAAAUGCAGUACCAAUCCACCUACAUCAAGUUUAAACUGUAUCCUUGAACCUCACAACUGGCAAGUCGAAUUUGCUCCUCCUCCUGAAGAUAUAUUUUGGAAGAAUCUAGCUGUCAGUGACCUGAAGUGGUAUAUCCGUGCUGUAGCUAUUAACCUUUUCCUUUUCCUAGUCCUCUUUUUCUUAACUACACCUGCAAUUUUUGUAAACAGUUUGGAUUUGAUCCAGCUCAGGCAGAAGAUACAGCGACUGAGUCCAGUGCUCUCAGAAUUCUUGCCUACACUACUUUUGUGGCUAGUAUCUGUAUUAUUGCCCAUCAUUGUGGCUUAUUCUGAUGACUUUUUGUUUCAUUGGACCAGGUCAACAAGAAACCAUUCCAUAAUGAAGAAGACUUUUGUAUUCCUUCUGUUUAUGGUUGUUAUUUUACCAUCUUUAGGUUUAACAAGUGCAAAAGCUUUCUUGGAAUGGGCAGUUAGGCCACAGAAUGAAACUUACCGAUGGGAGUGUAUCUUUUUGCCAGACAAUGGAGCAUUUUUUGUUAAUUAUGUGAUAACAUCUGGAUUUGUUGGAACAGCACUAGAAAUCAUUCGCUUUCCAGAACUAUUUAUGUAUGCCAUUCACUUGUGCUUUUCUCGAUCUGUUGCUGAACAAGUUGGCAUUAGAAAGGCAAUACUGUGGGAGUUUGAGUUUGGAGUACAGUAUGCAUGGAUUUUGCUUAUUUUUGCAACAGUCAUUAUAUACAGUCUACCAUGCCCUCUAAUUGUGCCAUUUGGACUCGUGUACAUGUGUUUCAAACACUGUGUGGAUCGCUACAAUAUUUACUUUGCAUAUGGUUCUUCUAAAAUAAACCAAAGUAUUCAUGCAUCAGCAAUCAAUUAUGUUGUUUUCUGUUUAAUUUUGCAACAAGUUUCUCUUUUCUUCUUUUCAUUUCUCAGAACAGGGUGGAGUAAUAUUACAAUAGUGUCCCUGUCUGUGUUUGUCUUGACUCUAAUGGUGUUCUUUGGGCAAGUUUUCUUCCACUGGUUUAAAGAACUGAGCCCCAUAACCUACAAGAAGCUGAUAAGAAGACCAAUUUCUCACACUAUGAUCACUAACCAUUCCCCAACAGAAGAACCUCAAACUUAUGUACCCACUGUGUUAAAGAUGCAGUCCUCCAGAGCUGAUGUAUACAGUACAAACAAUGGUCGAACAUAUGGAACCAGUGAAAACAGUGUUUCUGUAACACCAGAUGUGGAACAGGUAGGCCUAGGCCAAGAACUUGCACAGCUGGUCUAUAUCGAACAACCGUAUCAACGUUACUGAUAUGUAUUUAAAUCAUACCUGAAAGAAUUUUUUAUUCAUAACAUUAAUGAAUAUUGAUGCCAAGGAAAUUUUUUUUCAUACUUCUCUAUUUUCUAAAUAAUAUAAUUUUCGUGCACCCCAAGAGUAGUUUCAGCUACAGUUUUUAAGCACAAUUUUGUGGUUAUACUAUGUAGGUGUUGGUCAUAUCAGCAAGGCAACUGUAAAUGCUUCAGAGGUGAUAAAUAUAUAGCAUUUAACAAUAAAAAGCUGUUUUUCAUAGCUUAAAAGUCACUUGUAUAUAGUGUAACAUGUUUUAAUUUGAAAUGUUAAUAAAAAUAGUAAGAUAGACUAGUUGUUUUUACCAUACACAAAUUAUGAAGGUUCAAUAGACUUUAUUAUGAUACUUCUAACUUUAUGUUUGUAAUCAGGCAAGCUAAUUAUUUCUUUAGUUCCACAUUUGUUGUGUUCAAAUCUUCUAAGGUCUUGAGCUUUGUUUAUCCAGAGUUCCAAUUUUUCCUUUUCUAACACACGCCUUUAUCUUCAGGCCACCAUGUUUUUGCAUUUAAUUGUGACAAAUGAAUCUCUACUUUUGUUUUUAGAUUAAAACAUACUUUGAAUUUCUUGAGCAUUUCUACACCAAUAUUGGCACAGUAAUUGUAAAAUAAAAUAUAAUAUUGAAAUAAAUUAUUAAGUGUUAUAAACAUAUUAAAAGUAUAGCUACUGUGUAGUUUUUUUGUAGGCAUUCCUGUUAAAGUUGUGUAGGCUAUUCUUAUGAAAGUCAUUUGUGAGUUGCAAUUCACUAAAUUUUCUUUUGUAUUUGUUGCUUAAAAUAUUUGAUUUUAUUCAAAGUUUACUUUUGCUAUGUAUUACAAGUUCACAUUAUCAUCAUUGUUUAGAAGGUUUAUUACAAAUUCCACAGGUGUUCAAUGCACUACAGUAAGGGCUGUCUAUUCCAAAGUCUGGAUAGAACAUGUUCUUUGGUGUUAUACUAAAAAUAACGUUGUUUGGUUUUGUAAGUUAUCCUAUAAUUGUGGAACAAUCUCAAGUAAAGUUGGUAAACUAAGACGUAUAACUUUGUAAACCUUCCCACCAUAAGUGAAGGCUCUUGUCUUCAAAAUUGAAAAUAUGUUGAAUUGUUUAGCUUUAUAACUUCACUAUCAUUGGAAGGGUGCUUUUUUGUGACAUUGGUACAUAAUGUUUGUGUUACUAAAAAGGAGAGGCAGUUUCACAAAUACCGGAGACCAUAUUACAUACCUUCUUAAGAUUUUAAAGAUUUUCAGAAAAUUUCCUUCCAUUUCUUCUUCCUAAUAGAGAGCAAGCUUUUGAAAAAAUAUGUUAGAUAUUUUUAAAUUAUACCAGUAUUGAGAGAAAGAGAGAUAGUCUUUUUUAAAAUUAUGAAUGGAUUACAUUGUAUCAGAAAUUACCAAUGCUUUUACAAGUGAAUAAAUUACUGCUGUAUGUUUAGGUUUUUAUUAGUCUAACUUUUUUGAUUUGACAAGUAAAAUACUUAAUAAUUGCAAGGUAAUUAUGAAGAAAACCCCAUAUUUAACAAUAUUAUAUCAAAUACCAUGUGGUUUGGAGAGGAAUGAAAUUUAACCAAAGACGCAUUGAAAAUCAAACAUUUAUUCAGGAUUGUUUGUUCAUGGUACAGGUUUUUCAAAACCAUAAUGUGCUAUAAACUAGCAUUGUUUCUAUUUCUCUUUUAACAUUACCAGAAUGAUACUUUAAGUGAAAUGCAUGUCAAUCUGUAAGAUUUUGUAAGGAUAGAUGAACAAUUUAGAACAGAUGAUAAUUGCAGUAGCUUCAUUUAAGGAAAGGCUUGGCAUGCUGAUUGAGAAUAAUGGAAGGCAUACUUGAACACCUUAAUAGUUUGUGAAAUGUCUGUACUAUGUCCAAAGUUUAUUGUAUAAAAUAUAUGAUUCUCUUUUUGUUUCUGUGGAAAUUAGUUCCUUUAUGAGGAGUAAUUUAUGAUUUAAUCUUUUUAGAUAUGAUUUUUUCUUGUCACUGUGUAUUUUGUGUAGUAAUAGUAUUGUAGUAUUUUCUUUUCACUAAUGUUAAGCCUAAUAGAAUGUUGCUGUUAUGUUACGGUUAUUUACUACUAUCUCUCAUGGUUUUUACAUUAUCGUUUUAGUUUUGUGCCAGUUAUAAUGUAUUAGGAUGCAGAAUACACUUUGAUAGUAUGAACACCUUAAUUGAGAAAAUGAAUUGUGACAUUUCUAGAGUGAUCUGGCAUGCACAUGAUUAUACAGACUUUGGUAUAUUUGUCAUAAUUAAACUUAUCAGCAGGAAUAACUUCAUAUCUUGGUAAUACCAAAUUUUAUCUGGCAAGCAGAAAAAUAAAGAAAUUUUAAAAAGAUAAUAUGUGGUUUUCUUCUUAGUUUUAUAUAUUAUUCUCGCAUCCACUUUUAAAUUUCUUAGUGUUUCUGUUAAAAUAUUGCAGUUUGGUUGAGAUAAUUGGAACUUUUCAGUUACAUUCUUGUAUCUCUUGUUUGUAAGGUAAAUUGAUAGGUGCCCCAAAACAAGUUGUUCAUUAUUAAACUGCAUUUGAUGAUUAUUAAAUGGCUUUUAUAGAAAUAUUUAUGUAUGAGUAACUGUGAUAUGGUGAAAAUAGUUUGCAUACAUUCAUAUAAAGGGACCAGACUAAAGUGCUGUGUACAAUGUGAGCAUGACUUGGUUGUGACUGACCAAAUGUAAAAGCUUGUCCAUGCCACAGGAUAGCAGUCAAACUUAUCUUGCACAAGUUGUUUUUGCUGGAAAGUUUAAAUUGUAAAAAAAAUAAUUUGCAUACAAUUCAUUUUUGUCAAAGGAAUUAUGAGGUAGCACUACGUAAAAAUACCUAAUGACUCGGGAUGCAAUAAAACCAGAGUAAUGAUAAAUGAUAUCUAGUUCUUUAGGAAAGCAUUGGUCUUGUUUUAUGAACUGUACUAGCAACAAAAAACAAAAAAACUUUCAUCAUGUAGCACCUGUUGUUAUUAAUUUGGCUGAAGUCUUAAGAGGGAGUAGUCAUUGAAAUGCCAGUAGUAAUGUUUGAUGUGAGCUGAUAAUUUUAUAUGGCAAAAUUCAUUGUAAUUUAGAACAAUCAGACAAAGUAGUAUGGUAACAUUCUUAUUGAGAGUACUUGAAUUAAGCAAUGUGAGCAAUGGCUUUUCUGACCUAGUGCAAUUGAUUUGGGUACUGAGACCACCGUAAAGAGAUUGGACAUUAAUUAAAUUCAUUGUGUUGUAGUGUGAUAAGUUUUAAGAACAGUGGAAAUACUCCCAGCUGACAUAAACAGCUAAGAAACUGAUGAUAUUAGAUAUUAUGCUGUAGUUUGACACUACAUAUAGACAGGUUUAUUGUUGGAAGAAAAUGUCUUGCAUUUAUAUCUGGUAGAAGAAUAAUUGCUUGUUAUUCAGCAUAGACUGUUAAAAACACUUUGAAUUCUUCCAGAAAAGGAAAUAUUAUGGGAAAUUACACAAAACCUAGUCACAAACCAGUCCAAUUAAGAGCAUUUUCUGUCCAAGAAUAAGUAAAUUUCUCAAAACAGUUUUGGUAAAACUAGGACUAUUUUAGAUCGUUAAUCUAUAGUUUCUUUAUCAUCUAACAAUAUGGAUCUAAUAAGUGUUUAUGUUAACACUUUUUUAAUUAGACUUAAGUUUUCAGUUUUCAUGUAAAGACAGUAAAUUUGAAUCUUUUUAGUUCUUUAACCUUUUACAAUUUGUAUUAUUUUGGUUUGUCUUGUAGUAUUCGAUGCAAUCCUAUUGUAGUAGUUGUUGCUGAAUAGCUUUAAAAGGAAUUAGAAUAUAUGUGGGUGUGGUAUUUAUUUUUUAUAUUUUUAGUAACUAUAGAUGUAUUUAUAUGUAUCAAUUAAGUAUUUAUUUUGCAUUUGUUUAAUAUAUAGUAUUACAUUAUCUAAUUAAAACCUUGUGUAAAGAAAAAAUCAGUGUAUUUUGUAAGUAAUCUACUUUUUGAGCUAUAUUUUUAUUUCUUCAAAGCUAUAAAA